AUGAUACCGUGUACUGAAGAUAUAUUAAAACAAAUGUAUACAAGUCAACAAUUCAAUGAUGCAGAUGAGACAAUAAAACCGGAAAAAAUAACAAGUGCAGAAAAGUUAAGAAAUUCAAAAAUGAACAAUGAUAAUUCACCCAUCGUUAUAACACAACAGAAACAGCCUAAACAGGCACAAAAUGAUCCGUUAAGAGUUAUACCAAAUCCUAUUGUCAAUGAAUCAGAUAUGAAAGAAUUUGAAUCAAAAACUGUUCUACUUGAUGAAAAGCGCUAUAAUGCUUCUUUGAACAUGGCUUCAUCAAUAUAUAAUCAUCAUAAUCAAAGUAAUAAUGAUCCUAAUGAUUAUGAAAGAAGUGAUUCACCAAUCAUUUGUCGUCCUCCAACAUUUGAAUUCUAUGAAAAUCCAUUAAGAUCUGAUCAAGAGGAUGAAGGUGAUUGUGAGUGUUCAUGCUGUGAAGAUGAUGAUGAUAAUGAUGACGCUGCAAAGUAAUAACAUUAAAUUGUGAAAAUGCCCAGUUCAAGAUGAAAUGAAAAGUUGAGCAAAAGCGUAACUUCAAUCAAUUAACUAGUUAAUACAAACUUAAUUCACAUUUGAACCCUAUUUACUCUUUAUUUUACUGUUUCUUGUUAUUUAUCGUAUGCACAUAUUGAUCGAUUGAUUGAUCUGAUGGCAUUUAGUUUAGGCUAAUUUAAUAUUGAAUAUUGAAUCAUUUACUCAUUUCUUUUAUUCACUGGUAAUACUUACUUAUAAUUCACUUAAUGCUUGCGUGUAUGUGUGCGUGAUAUUUAUCU